UCGCUCCGCUGAAUCAUUGCCCCCGCAGAAGUCGAGGUGGCUGCGUCGCCCGCUCCGACCGCCAGAAGCAUGCCGAGGGGCUUUCUAGUCAAGCGGCAGCCGGAGCAGCCAGACCCUGGCUACCACAGCGACCACUCGGACGACACGCCACACGACCUGAGCAAGAAGUCCAGCAGCCACCAGGUACUACACCCGACGGCGGUGAUCCACCCGUACCCGCCGCCGGGUCUGUUCGCGCCCCAUCUACACCCGAUGGUGGUAGAGCGGCUCCAACACCAUUUUUACCCUCCGAGCGAACUGUACCCUGAGUACUACCACCUAUACCAGCCGCUGCGGCCGGUGCAGCCGCCCGUGCAGCCGGCCGGCCUGCUGCUCGACCUGACCAUCAAGGCAAGCACACCCAUCACCCCUCCGGCCACCCCUUCGCCGGUCAGCGCCGCACUCACCACUAACAGCCACCACCACCAGCAGCAGCAACAGCAGGGUGGAAACAGCGGUGCCAAGCGCAAGUUGGAUACCCCCGGCAAGGCGGCCGCGGCGGCCAGCCCCAGCAAGAAGCAGAAGGCGGCCACCAGACGGCUGCACUUUGACGAGGACAAGAGCUCGCCGGUGUCCGGCACCAUCAUCAAGGAGCUAAACGCCGACGACCCGCCCCUGGUGGUGCGCAAGGGUGACAUCGACCCCGCGUUUAACGUGGUCGAGGUCACCGAGGAGGCUAAGGCCGAGCUGGCAAAGAUCGAGAACCGCAUCGGCGACUACAUCUGCAAGCUGUGCUGCGAAAUGUACGACGACGCCUUCAUGCUGGCGCAGCACCGCUGCUCGCGGAUCGUCCACGUCGAGUACCGGUGUCCCGAGUGCGACAAGGUCUUCAACUGUCCGGCCAACCUGGCGUCGCACCGGCGGUGGCACAAGCCACGCCAGCCUCCCUCCGGCGAGCCCGUCGACCUGGCCAAGAAGGCUUCCAGCUCUGACAGCUCCUCAGAGCCGGAAGACUCGUCCGAGCAGCAGUUCCCCUGUGAUGUGUGCCACAAGCGCUUCCGGCGGCAGGCGUACCUGAGGAAGCACCAGGCCACACACGGCCCGGCCGCCACCGCCACCGCGUCCUCCGUGCCAGGCCAGACGUCCCUCUGCGCCGCCGUGCCCCACCUUUCGGCCUUCCAGCCGCUCAUCAAGCCCGAGACGAUGGUGCUGGCCGACUGACACAGGCACCACUACUGGACUGCCUUCUGGCACCACCACCACCACCAACAGCAGCAGCAGCAACAACAGAAGAAUUUGCUUUGAGGUGAAGUCUUGGUUUUACAAUCUCCCACGAAAACAUUUGCCUAGUCUGUCCUCUAGUCAUGUAUAAUUUUAAGAAAAGGGCCAGUUGCUAGUCACUUUUACGUAACCGAUGCUAGUCGCUGUAUUGUUUAAAAAGAUGAGUCUCUCUUUACCUGAUGCUAGUCAAAGCUUUAAGUCAAUUAGUUACGAUUAAGGUUUGCUUUUUUCAAAGUUUUAUUUGUUUUGAAAAUUUUCUAGUCAUUUGUUGAAGUCAGUUUUGAAGAAAGCUUUCUUAAGAUCUCGAAAUGUAGUAGUAUAUUCGCGUGAAUCUAGUCAGUUUUCUUAUAUUAGGACCCGAUCUCAAAUAUAGAGUAUAUUAGUCAGUCGAUUCUAGUCUCAAGAUCUCGUUUCUCGAACGAUCUCACUCAAAAUUCAGUCAUUGAAAUUCCCCUAGUCCCGCUUCUAGUGUAAUCGUCACAUCAGCCAUAAUGAUCUCGUACCAUGAAAAUAUGUAACAGCUCUUUAGUCAUUCAAAUUAGUCAUUUGAAUUUUCUAGUCAAUGAAGUUUUAUCUCAACUAGUCAAGCAAUUAUAAAAUUUAAUCUUUAUUUUUCAUUCAUUCUAGUCCAAAACGAAGUAAAUUUUAACCUGAUAAAAUAUUUCGCUGAUGUGCCAAAUUUCAAUCGAAUUUAUCGACCAGCGUCGAAAUCUAGUCCUAAAUUUUAGUAUUUUAUCUCGCGGGAGCGCCUGUGCCUCGUCCGCGAUGCCACCUGCGGCACGGCUGAGCGCAACUGGUUGCAUACUUUCCGCGCUCGCAAGCGUUUCUCCGCAGUUGUUGCUUUAUAGUAAAGGAUUAUUUGGAAAAAAUCGAUCCGUGCCAGAAAGAGGCGACCAAAGAGUUACAAAAUGAAUAUAUUUAAAGUUUGCUUUAUAAUUGAAAUGUUGCGCGUCUAGUCGACAAUUUUAGUUAUAAAUCUAUUCAAGUGUAAUUAAAGUAAGUGUAUUAAUUUUCAGUUUAUCUUAUUUUGAGUUCAGUGGUUUUGCCGGUUUUCGCUGCAAAAGCGAAAACAGAAAACCGUGGAUCUAAGCUGCCAUGACAUUAAUUUUAAUUAUCAUGAGAGGUGGUAAAGUUAGUUACCAUGAAGCUACACGCGCAUCUUAGUAGAUUGCUGUCAAGUGUAAAUUGUCAGUUUGAUUCCUGCAGUGUUAAGUACUUAAACUACACGCGAGCCAUGUCCGGUCAUUGGAUGUGCCAAUUGUCUUUCAAACUAGUCACGUAGGAAUAUUAUGCAUAGGAUUUUUUAAUUGCAAUUUCGACAUUUAUUUUCUCCGUUCUCCAAUCGAUGAGUUCUCUAGUCAGAAAACUUCAGUCAGUUGAGAUCAGCCAAAGUACCAGAAAUUUUCAGACUUUCUGGUAUUUACAAAUCGAGAGCUGAUCAACGAUCUCAGUCUGAUGUGCGUAAAUGUCUAAGAAUCUAUUUGUAAAUUAAUGGUUAGUUAUUCAAUAUAAAAUAAGGCCCAAAAAGGAAUUGCCGUCACAGAUUUUGUUGUAAAAUAUAAUAUGUCACCCCCACCAAAACGCAUUGUGUAAUAUACUGUAACUCUUUACCAUUCGUGGCAUUUGUGCUAAACAGAAGUGUUAUUGUUGUAAAUUGAAAGUAAAAUAUUUGUGAAGGCUGUAUAAAAAGGCAAGAAAAACCAAGACUUCUCCUCGAAAAUGUGUUGUAAGUUUAACGCAUUGUUCAUCGCAUAUAAUUAAAAAGAUUGUGCUAAGUGUAAAUACAAAAAAAUUCCCACUAUUAUCCUUAAUGUACUAAAAUGUGUAGGGACUCUACAACCUCGUAAUUUCAUUUCUGUAUAUCUGCUGACAACGAUUGCAAUUGAAUUGCUUUAUAUCACACCGUCUUUUGAUUUUAACUUUAAUAUUGUACUGCGUAUGAAUUUUCGAUACUUUAAUAAGGUUGUGUUGGACAUUGUUUUCGUGCUGCAUUUUACAAAAAGAAAAGAUUGCACAUAUUGUUCACCUUUAUAUUUAUUACGAAAAAAUUUUGUGUGCUAUCUCUUCCGCUUUUUAACAAUUUUUGUGUUCGUAGAGAAAAUAAAAUGAACAUUCUUCAUGUAAUUAAGAA